GAUGUUCGACUAAGGCCUUAAGCGGCGUGGGCUGGGCCGCGGCAGCAAAGCCGUUUCUUCUCUUUACUUCUCCCCCUAUCUGGAUCCUAGAAGUGGUACGCGCCAAAAUGGCGGCGCUCAUGUUUCAGCGUGGGUCACUGGCGAGCAGGACUGCGAUGAAAAGUUGGGAGGUGACAGGUAAAAGAUGUAUUCUUUCAGCCGCAUAUGUGGACAGUACAGCAUGGGAACAAAGAAAAAAGGAGGAGCACAGUCUGGCUGAUUUAGCCAAUUUGAUGGACACAACCUAUGAAAAAAAACUACCGGUCAGCUCUUUAACUUUAUCUCGGUUUAUAGAUAACAUUUCUUCACGUGAGCAUGUGGAUCAAACUGAAUAUUAUCUAUACAAGUUUCGACACAGCCCUAAUUGCUUUUAUUUGAGAGACUGGAUCAUCCACAGCUGGAUUAGGCAGUGUCUUAAGUUUGGUGCACGGGAUAAAGCUUUGUAUACUCUCCAAAACAAGGUACAGUUUGGAAUAAUUCCAGAUAGUUUUACCUUCAAUUUAUUAUUGGAUUCUUUUAUAAAAGAUGAGAAUUAUGAAAAUGCUAUGGCUGUAGUGACUGAAAUAAUGAUUCAGGAAGAUUUUACUGAAGUGUCUACUCAACUUCUCUCACUUUAUACCAUGUACAAGUAUUUGGCAACCAAAUCAGAACUUACGUGGGAAGAAGAGAAAAAUCUUGGAGCAUCUAUGUUGUUAGUGGGCCUCAAGCAGACCAACACUAUAGGAUUUAGUUCUCAGCUAUAUGGCUGUGCACUUCUUGGUAAAGUGGAGCUGCAGAAAGGAUUGCGAGCUGUUUACCACCAAAUGCCGCUCAUGUGGACCCCAGGGUAUCUGAACAGAGCCUUGCAAGUAAUGGAGAAUGUGGCCUUGCUUCCUGAAGAUGUGAAGCUUUGCCAGGAAGCUGUUGAUGUUCUGGCAGACAUUUUGCACCCAGCACCUGAGCCUGAAGUUUCUCCAGAAGACACCAAGGAUUCAGAAGAAACACCAAAACAGGCACUGCCAGAAGAAAUCGAGGUGCUUCGACUGCCCGAAUACCUAAACCGAUUCAAGGAGCUGAAUUCUAAACUCCGCUCACUUGGCAAGGUGGAAUCUAUGAGACUGUUAACCCUGACCACCCAGCUUGUUGAGGAGAAGCUACCAGCAUCUGAAGAGGAAGACAUUGCAAAAUAUAAACAGAAACUUAAGGAGUGGGAGAAGGAGCAAACAAUGCUGACUGAAAGGGAGAAAGAGAUGAAAGAAAAAGCCAAGGAAAUGAUGGAAGCCCGAAGAAAAGCACAUGCGACUACAUGAUGCUGCUGCUUAUAGAUUUCCAUUAUGUCUUAGAUUGUCUUGCAAUAAAUGGAGUCUCAUCCAGGCUAGUACCUUAUUGCAACACAGUCUUGACUGUACACAGAUUAAAUCUUUACACAUCCAGGUUAUAUGUUGUGUUCCCCCUGCACCUUGUUUGAAAUCUAUCAUUAUUACUGUUCUUCUGAAAGUAUCUUUUACCUCUGUUGUUUCUGAGAGCAAAGGUCUGUCAAUUAAUUGAAUGAUUCCUCUUAAAACGAUGCUUGGGUGAGACAGUACAUUUAGAAGCACUGUUGUCGUCGUCAGCAUACGCUGUUUUUCAUGAUAGUGACUGACAAGAGUUGCUGGUUUAGAAAUCAGAGAAAAUAAUAAAUAAAUGUAAUUUGAAUAUGUA